AACGAUGUUGACUUUUCGUCUAUGAAAAAAUCCAACGCUAUCAUUGACUUUUUUGGAUCAAAAAGGCUAUCUAUCGUUGACUUGUUUCCUUAAAUCUUUGACUUCUCUGUUUCGCUCGCAGAUCGCAAAACUCCAUGGAGACAGAUUUGGAGUCAGAGCUCAUCUCACUCAUUUCUCAACUAGUCAACGCCGCCGAUGAUGACAGUGCUGAUUCAGGAACAGAUUCAGACUCAGAGUUGGAGGAGUAUCGGAACGUAAAGUUCAUAAGGAUCAUAACACCGUUGAUUCAGAUUAUCUCUCUCGUCAGAUCUGUUGACUUUGAUGCCUUGCCUAAGAAGCCCGAGUCUAAGCUCAUCUCGCUCGUCGCUCAAGCAGUCUCUCUCUUCAACUCCUCUUCCCUGCCGGAGCCCCUUUCGAGUCUCAUCUCACUAAUCUCAAGAAAAAUCUCCAUGCCUGAUUCUGAUUUGUUCUUCCCCAUAGCCCUUCGCCAAACACUAGGACUGGAGCCAGCUCCAAGGCUCGUGUCACUCGCACGUGAAAUAGUCUCACUCGUCAUCUAUUUGAAUUCUAAGAAGCUUAUUCAGUUAUGCCCACAGCGACAAGUAUCCAUCGACAAAGGAGGAAAAAUCAAAGUCUUUCGAGAAGGCGAUGUCAAGUGGAGGAUCAGAGCCAAGUGGAAUUGUUUCAUUGGAAGAUGGAAAAAAUUCAAGUUAAUAGGAGGGGAUAAUAAUAACUUCACUCAUUUCAUUUGUGGGAGUUGCAAUGGGAAGUACCAUCAAGAAUAUGAUAAGGCUCCAAUCCAAAUCAAACACCCUCUUCAUCCCAAGCAUUCUCUCCAGCUCGUGUCCUUGAGAUUUGGCAGUGAAACUAGAGUAUGCUAUUGUUGUGAUGGUUAUCUCCAUGAGGUAUUUUAUUAUUGCUCGGCCUGCGAUUACGCUAUCAACGUUUCUUGUGUGGAGAAACCACUCAUCUUAGCUAGAGACUUUCCCAAGUGGCAUGAGCAUACACUUGCUCUCUUUCCUACCCAAGCUUCUUUUCCUUGCAGUAUUUGUGCCUUGACCCAUUCAGCAUGUCCUUUCUAUGUAUGCCCACCUUGCGACUUUGUCAUCCAUCAGAAAUGUAUCAGCUUACCGCGUGUCAUAAGGAUCUCUCGCCAUCCCCACCACCGCAUCUUCUUUACCCCAUCUUUUACUCAAGAAGGUCACUUGUCAUGCGGUGUUUGCCGUAGAAAGAUGGAAAAUGAUUACGGGGGUUAUUCUUGUGUUAAGGAUGGUUGUUCCUAUGCUGCACAUUCAAGAUGUGCCACACAAAGUAAUGUGUGGGAUGGCAUAGAUCUUGACGGAGUGCCUGAAGAAAUUGAAGAGGAAGUUGAACCAUUUGUGAGGAUAAGUGACGGAGUCAUACGUCAUUUUAGUCAUGAUCGUCAUCUUUUGAGAUUGGACGAGAACAAAGAAAAAGUUUACGACGAGACUAAGCUGUGCCAAGCAUGUGUCACCCCAAUCUAUUUCGGUAACUUCUACUCUUGUGUGCAAUGCGAAUUUGUUCUUCAUGAAACAUGUGCUAAUCUUUCUCGCAAAAUAUAUCAUCCGAUACAUCCACAUCAGCUUGUUCUAGUUCCAGUGGGAGGAUAUGACCACAUUACAUGCUCAGCUUGUGAUAGGUUAAUACCAGCAGCUUGUUUUUCGUAUGAGUGUGGUAAAGAAGAAUGUAAUUUUCAUCUCCAUGUUCAGUGUGCCACAACUUCUGAGCCAUUAGUCCAUGGAAGCCAUGCACAUCCUUUAUUUCUAACCACUAAACCAGAAGUGUGGGGAUCAUGUAGUGUUUGCUCUCUUAAGAUAAAGGAAACAUUCAAUUGCAUUGAAUGUGAUGACUUUUCUAUGUGUUUCCAGUGUGCUACUAUACCUCCAAAGGUGAGGUAUAAGCAUGAUAAGCAUAUCCUCACUCUUUCUUAUGGCGAGGAUACAAGUACAACCAUGACCUAUUGGUGUGAGGUUUGUGAAAGAAAAAUAGAUUUGAACAAAUGGUUUUAUACGUGUGAUCAGUACUGUUGUGUCACCCUACAUAUCGGAUGUUUGAUUGGAAGAGACUUAUUCAUGAAGCCUGGUUCAUCACUCUUAUUCUACGGUAAACAGGUAGAUGUUUUGUCCAAUAAUCAUCUCAUGUCUCGACCCAUUUGCGCCAAUUGUCUGAAUCGUAGUCCACACAAAAUAGCUUUCCAAUGUUCCGGCUUAAUAGCUUGUUCUCUAAAAUGUUUUAAUUAUGUUCGUUUUUUAAGGAUGGUAUCGCUUUAAUUGUGAGAGAUAUUACUGAAAUAAUUGUAUGUGUACUAUUGAAAUAUAUGAUGGCCUGCCCUUGCUUGUUUGUUUCACAUUUGUGUAAUAAAAUUAGUAUUGAUUA